AUGCCGCUGAGAAUCGGUUCGGACGACGACGACGACGAGUCACCUACCAGUCAACGCACAACGAGAUCGAGUGGGCGGUUUGAAACGUUGAAGCGGAAACGUGAUGAUGUUUCGCCUGAUGAUAAUGGCCAACGGGAGGCCGCGGGACAUGCCCUUCGACGACGGGUGUCCCAGCCACGAUAUGUUGAGGACGAUGACGAUUUCUCGGAGCAAGUCAUAGACACGGAAACGGAGCCGGAGGUUCAGCCGCGAAAGGCACCACUGGUGUUACAGGUACCACGCCUGAACGAGAUAUAUCCGACACGGACCACCGCUGAUGAUGACCAAUAUCAGAGUGCGGAGCAACAACAACAAGAAGAAGGACUAGAAGAAGACGCAGUCGGUGAACCAGAAGACGACGAGGAUGAUAUUGAUGAUGUUCCAUCUCCAGAUGGUCCCGAAGAUCCCGCCGAUGGCGAAUACGAAGAAGACUCCGAACCCAUCGGCGGUCGCCGUCCCACCCGCGGCGGUAAAGCACCCCGUAAAGCAAUUGGCCGUCGCCAUUCCGUUUCUCAAGACUACAAAUCCCACAACCACCGCUCCCGUCGCGACAGAAACACCUCGCGCGGCCGAUCCCAGCAGAAUUGGGGCGACGAGGAAUCAGAUUACAAAGCAAACAGCGGGGACGACGACGACGAAGCCCUGGACUCCGACGAACUCGUCGAAGAACGCGAGAAUAAUGGUAUGAACGACUUUGUCGUACAAGACUCCGAGGACGAACACCGUCGGCGCUCAGCGCGGCGUCGAGCCCUCACCCGAGCUGCGCAAGCUCCUCCACCCCGUGCGACUCGUCGCUCGACCCGGCAACACCACCGCUCCAGCAGCCCUGGCACCGAACCCGACCUCGACGACGACGACGACGAAAUCCGGAACGAGGCCCGGGAGUUACGAGGGACCCCGUCCCCUGCUAGAAAACCAACCCUCCGCCAACGUGACACGCGUCCAAACUACCACAUCCCUCCCCCCACCGAUCCCAUUUACGACGCCGACGAUCUUCUAGAGUUAGGUCCCGCGCCGAGGAUGAGAGGGAGUCCGAAGAGGAGGACGACACAGGGGGUUGUGCAGCAGAGGAGGACGCUAUAUCCCAAGAUUCCGUGGACGGGGGAGAACUUUACGAGGUUGAUUGAUGAGGUGGGACAAGGCAAGGGUGGGGGUGAUGAUUCGUCAAGUGAUUCGGAUGAUGAGGCGAAAGGUGGGGGAAUGAGGAGGCCGUCCUACGCUGCGUUGGGGCAGAUUGCGCCUGGUGCCAAACAGGGCCAUAGUGCGGAUCAUACCGGUGGGCCUGCGAAUUUGGGGAAGAUUACGAGUGGAAAGAGUAAUUUGGCGGACGCGGACCCAUUGGGUGUUGAUAUGAAUGUUAAUUUCGAGAGUGUGGGUGGAAUGGAAGAGGAGAUUCGGAGGUUGAAUGAGAUGGUGAUGUUACCACUCAUGUACCCCGAAAUCUUCCAACGUUUUGGCACGACCCCGCCGCGGGGUGUCUUAUUCCAUGGACCGCCUGGUACGGGUAAGACGCUUAUGGCGAGAGCGUUGGCGUCGAGUUGUUCGACUGCGGAGAGGCCGAUUACGUUUUAUAUGCGGAAGGGUGCGGAUUGUUUGUCAAAGUGGGUUGGUGAGGCCGAAAGACAAUUGCGAUUGUUGUUUGAGGAGGCGAGAGCGAACCAGCCUGCUAUCAUCUUCUUUGAUGAGAUUGACGGGUUGGCGCCAGUGCGGUCGAGUAAGCAGGAACAGAUUCAUGCUUCGAUUGUCUCUACCAUGUUGGCGUUGAUGGAUGGUAUGGAUGGACGUGGACAGGUUAUUGUUAUUGGUGCCACCAACCGGCCUGAUGCUGUUGAUCCCGCUCUUCGUCGUCCCGGGCGUUUCGAUCGCGAGUUCUAUUUCCCUCUGCCGGGGCCGAAGGCGAGGAGGAGUAUUAUUGAUAUUCAUACGAGGGGGUGGGAACCACCUCUUCCGGAUUCGUUCAAGGAGCAUAUGGCGUAUAUGACGAAAGGGUAUGGUGGUGCUGAUUUGCGGGCGUUGUGUACUGAAUCUGCGCUCAUCGCCGUUCAACGACGCUUUCCGCAGAUUUAUACUAGUAAGGACAAGUUGCUGCUCGACCCUGCCAAGAUCGAAGUCAAACCGAGGGAUUUCAUGCUGGCCAUGAAGAAGAUUAUCCCGAGUUCUGAGCGUUCGAGUUCGAGUGGAGCAGCGCCUUUACCGGCUCAUAUCGCCCCGUUGUUGGAGGGUACGUUGCAGGGCAUUAACAAAAUUUUGGAAGGAGUGUUGCCGGAGAUGAAUAAGGCGAGUGUGUUGGAUGAUGCGAUGUAUGAGCAGGAUGAUGACGAUGACGACGACCCCACCGGUGGGUUCGCCCGAGAAAAUAUGUUGAGGAGGUUCGAGUCUGCGAGGGUUUUCCGGCCGAGGUUGUUGGUGCAUGGUGAGAAGGGGAUGGGACAGCAGUAUAUUGCGGCUGCUAUUUUGCAUCAUUUUGAGGGGUUCCAUGUCCAGUCUUUCGAUCUGGCGACUUUGCUGAGUGAUUCGACACGGAGCCCUGAAGCGGCUGUAGUUCAGCUCUUCAUUGAGGUUAAGAGGCAUAAGCCGAGUGUGGUUUAUAUCCCUAAUGUGGACGUAUGGUAUGACACCGUUUCUGAAGCUGUGAGGAUGACCUUUGCGGGGUUGUUGAGGGAUUUGAAACCCAGUGAUCCUGUGCUGUUCUUGGGUAUCACGGAGACGCCAGCUGAGCAUCUUGAUCCUGGACUGAAGUCUUGGUUCCAGAGCACCAAGCAGUCGCAGAUCCAGUUGCUUCCUCCGCGUGAGGACGCACGCCGGGCGUACUUCCAGGUGACCAUUGACCUCAUCAAGAAGUCGCCGAAGGAGCUCCCUGGUGGCAGAGAACGCAGGAAGAGAGUCCUCGAGGUUCUCCCCAAAGCGCCGCCACCGGCGCCAAAGAUCAUGUCAAAGAAGGAGGUCAAGGAGCUUGAAAUCAAGGACAGGCAACUCAAGAAUGCCUUGAAGAUCAAGUUGAGUGUCUUGAUGGAGCAGUUGAAAGGCAGGUAUAAGCGAUUCAAGAAGCCGACGAUCGACGAUGAUGAGAUCACGUAUUACGAAAGUGAGGAACAAGUCGAAGCGGCGAAGACUGCUUUCCCUGUCGUGCACUUCCUACAGCUUUCUGACGGAAUGAUUUUCGAGACGUCCAAUAAGAAGAAGUACUUCAACAUGGAUCUUGACACCAUUGAGCAGCGUCUGUGGGCCGGCUACUACCUCACGCCGAACCACUAUCUCAAUGAUAUCGAGACUAUCCAACUUGAUGCUCUAACCGAAGCCCGUGAGGUCGCUGGUUUCCCGAUCUCCGCUUCAGUUGCUACGGAAUAUCGUGAACGCGUGAUGAAGGCGCAGGAGAUGUACACGAAUGCGCAGAUGUGGUUCGAGGAGCAUCCUAUGCCGCAGCACUUCAUCGACGAGCUCUUCCGUAUGGCAGAACGCGAGAUGAAGAGGCGAGAAGAGACUGAAAAACAGCAGAGGAAAGCGGCUGAUGACGCUGAGAAGCAGGCUGCGGAAGCUGCUAGGCUUGCUGCCGAAGAGGCGGCGCGUAAUGCUCCUGUUCUUGCUAUCCAUGAGGCCCAGGUCGAUGAUGCUGUUGUUAUGGACGGAACGCUUCCUUCUUUGCAGCUUGCGAAGUAUAACUUUGCGGGUCAAGGUGGUGUUGAGGGAGAUGUUGUUAUCGAUGGUGCUGUUCAACCUCCGGUCCAGCCGAGAACUACUUUCGACAUGGACGCGUUUGACAGAGCAGUCUUUUCCGCCCAAGGUACUCCGGUGCCGGGGCUCGCCAACGAUGCUGAGAGCGAACCAAUCUUAUCAACAACCACAGAUGAACCAGUGAUCGUGGAAGCAGGGGAUAUAUCAGUUGAAAUGGCUGAUGCUAAUGCUCCUCUGUCAUCUCAGGCUUUUCCUGAAGCAGUUGCAUCGCAGAGUGUUGAUCAUCCUAAUAGAGGAGAAGUAUCGGUUGCUCCUGAGUCACAGGGGCAGGUUAUCGUACAAGGGGAACCGGAACCUCCUCGUGAGCCAACUCCUGAAUAUAUCUACGACCCUAAUCUUACAGAUGUAGUAAGUGAAGAGUUCCUGGACAUUACAGGAGGCAUGUCGGUGGAGGAGUUGGAGCAGGUAAAUUCGGCCUGUAUCGGUGUGAUCUGGAGAAUGAGAACGCAUUGGGACAGAGUGGAUGUUGCGAAGCAAGUUACGGAUGUCUUGGAGAAGGUGGUCUCUGAGAUCCGUGCUGCGAAGGAUGAAGGGAAUGGGAUGACACAAGAGUAA